UGACCAAUCGUCACGAGUUUCUUGGAUGUUUAUUGGGGGGAACAGGAGAGUUGUAUUUAUAGUUAGCUGGUUGUAGCUAAAGUUCAUGAAGAUUUCUCUCUCGUGUUUUAAAAGCGGUGAGUUUCAGAGGCCGCCAUUAUGGCGAACAUCACCAAAAAAGUGUCGUGGUCCAGCCGAGGCGACGAGUCCGGUGCAGUGUGGGAGGGAACCCCGCUACUGAACGGUUCCGAGCGGCCCUCGGUAUCCAGACAGGAUCCUACAAAUUGGAGACCCAAAGAGAUCCCUCACAAUGAGAAGUUGCUUUCACUUAAAUACGAGAGUCUGGACUAUGACAACAUUGAAAAUCAGCUGUUUCUGGAAGAGGAGAGGAGGAUGAGUUUCAUGGGUUUCCGCUGUCUUGAGAUCAGUCGUUGGGUGGUCUGUGGAAUAAUUGGCAUUGUGACUGGACUCAUCGCCUGUCUUAUAGACAUCGCCGUGGAAGAGCUGGCUGGCUUAAAAUACAAAGUCAUCAGAGACAACAUUAUUCAGUUUACAGAAGCUGGUGGUCUGUCCAUCUCUCUCAUCCUCUGGGCCGUCCUUAACUGUGCGUUUGUCAUGUUGGGAGCCAUCAUGGUCGCAUGUUUUGAGCCCAUAGCAGGAGGAAGUGGGAUUCCUCAGAUAAAAUGUUACCUAAAUGGAGUCAAGAUUCCCAGGGUUGUACGACUCAAGACUCUGGUGGUGAAAGUGUUUGGUGUCAUUUGUUCUGUGGUUGGCGGACUCGCUGUAGGGAAGGAAGGUCCCAUGAUUCACUCCGGUGCUGUUGUCGCUGCAGGCGUUUCCCAGGGGAGGAGCACCUCUUUGAAAAAAGAUUUUAAGAUAUUUGAAUACUUUCGCAGAGACACAGAAAAAAGAGACUUUGUCUCUGCUGGAGCUGCUGCUGGAGUUUCUGCUGCUUUUGGAGCACCUGUUGGGGGUGUUUUAUUCUCWCUUGAAGAAGGAGCUUCUUUCUGGAAUCAGAUGUUGACAUGGAGGAUUUUCUUCGCCUCCAUGAUCUCCACCUUCACUCUGAACUUCUUCCUCAGUAUUUAUCACAAGAAACCAGGAGAGCUUUCCAAUCCAGGUCUCAUCAACUUUGGACGCUUCGAGAGCGAAACUAUGGCAUAUAACCUCUAUGAGAUUCCCUUGUUCAUUGCCAUGGGAGCUCUAGGUGGUAUGUUGGGAGCUUUAUUCAACAUACUCAACUACUGGCUGACCAUCUUCAGGAUCAGAUAUGUGCACAGGCCAUGCUUGCAAGUGAUGGAGGCCAUGUUGGUCGCUGCAGUCACAGCUGCAGUGUCUUUCAUCAUGAUUUACUUCUCUAAUGACUGUCAGCCUUUGGGCCCAGACAACGCCGAGGAGUAUCCACUGCAGUUGUUUUGUGCAGAUGGAGAGUACAACUCCAUGGCAACAGCCUUCUUCAACACUCCUGAGAGAAGCGUGCGAAGUCUCUUUCACAACCCACCAGGCACCUACAACCCUCUGACGCUGGGUUUGUUCACGCUGACCUACUUCUUCCUGGCUUGUUGGACUUACGGUCUGUCUGUGUCCGCCGGGGUUUUCAUCCCGUCUCUUCUCAUCGGAGCCGCCUGGGGGAGGCUGUGUGGAAUCCUGCUCGCCUCUAUAGCUUCAACUAACUCGAUCUGGGCUGACCCUGGGAAAUACGCCUUGAUUGGAGCUGCAGCUCAGUUAGGUGGAAUUGUGAGAAUGACUCUCAGUUUGACUGUCAUCUUGGUGGAGGCAACGGGUAACGUCACAUACGGCUUUCCCAUCAUGCUCGUCCUCAUGACUGCCAAGAUAGUCGGAGACUAUUUUCAAGAAGGUUUGUAUGAUAUUCACAUCAAGCUUCAGAGCGUUCCUUUCCUGCACUGGGAGGCUCCUGCCACCUCCCACUGGCUCACUGCCAGAGAGGUGAUGAGUUCUCCGGUCACAUGUUUGAACCAAGUAGAGAAGGUGGGGACCAUCGUGGAUGUCCUCAGCAACAUGUCCACCAAUCACAACGGCUUCCCUGUCGUCGUGCAGGUUUCUGAUAACGACGAGCCAGCUAAACUCUGCGGUCUCAUCCUGCGCUCCCAGCUCAUCGUUCUCCUCAAACACAAGGUGUUCGUGGAGCUGGCCCAGUCCCGGCUGACUCAGAGGAAACUCCAGCUCAAAGAUUUCAGGGACGCCUACCCCCGUUUCCCCCCGAUCCAGAGCAUCCACGUGUCUCAGGAUGAGAGGGAGUGUAUGAUGGACCUGACAGAGUUCAUGAACCCAACACCGUACACUGUACCGCAGGACACGUCUCUGCCUCGAGUGUUUAAGCUCUUCAGGGCUCUGGGACUCAGACACCUGGUGGUAGUAGAUGAUAUAAACAGGGUGGUCGGACUGGUGACCAGGAAAGACUUGGCCAGAUAUCACCUGGGCAAACACGGACUGGAGGAGCUUCAUUUGGCUCAGACGUAACACACACACACGCACACGCACACACCCUUAUGGACUGAGACCACCUGAUGCCUCAGAGAACAGAGGACACCUUCCAGGCCUCAGAGAUCGGUUAUUCUUCGGAUAAUUAUCCCAGAGAAUACCUGCUUCAUGUGAAAUCAGCUUGAAUUGUUUCUGAUUUGUAGUUUCCUCAAGACUUUUUAAAUAGUUCCUUGUUUUUGUGUUUUGUUAAAUUCUGUCUGCUUUUAUUUGUCAUUUGCUCAUCCGUUUUUACAAACCAUGCUGCAGUAAUUUGUGUCCAAAAAUAAAGACUAAAUGUAUGAAAGCAAAUGGCAACUUCUUCAGCUGGCAGAAGAAACUCCUCUGUGUUAAACUUGAUGAAUAUUUUUGACUGUAACCCAACGAACUACAUGACAGGGACACUACUGACCGGUCCCCUCUGUAGCAGUUUACGUUGACUUGUUAAACAGGAAUUUUGUUUACGUGAGACAAAAAGGUAAUUUUUAUUUGUUUAAAAUUAAACCAGGCUCACUUAUUUCUACUAUAAGAAGCUUUUAGAGCUUAAACAAAACUCUCCUUCCUCAUUUUUUCUGUUGAAGCACAAAAUAUAUAUAUUUUUUUCCGUAGUUAAAAUCACUGUUGUAAUGUUAUGAAUGUGAGCCAUUUUGAAGUGAGAGAAUAUUAUUUAUUAGUGUGUUUGAUCACUUGUUUCAGGGGCUCAUGUUUUAUUUUUCUGGAUUUAUUUUUUUGACAGGAGAUGAUUUAAAUAUUUUCUUCUGGCUCUGUAGCUUCUGUGUCCACAGGAUGUCUUUAGUUUACUGUCUGUAAUAAUUAGAUGCUUAAAUUUGCAUGUCUUUAUUUUAAUUACCUCCAAAGAUUUGCACUUCCUUCAGAAUCCAUGAGAAGUUUACAGAAGCUCCCCGGAAGCUCUAUGAUUGUGGAUGUCUCCCAAAGGCACAAAUAUAAUAUUUCAAAUGAUUUAACGUUUGUUUGUUGACCUCACAACUCUUUAGUUGUCAGUAUUAUUAUUUUCUGCACUAAAUGCUACUUUGAUUUUGUCACCUAUGUGCUCUUAUUGUACAGGAUGUAAAAAAAGUUCUACUUACCGGUAACUCUAUUUUAUAACGACUGGAUAAACCUUUUGUGAAUGAAUAAAAUUGGAAUCUGUCUAUAGUAAAA